CAACUAAAAAUGGCGGACGGCGUUGAGAUAGCUGAGAGAAAGUCGUGUGCAUUUUUCUUAAAAAGAAAAAAUCGCUUUUGUCGAAUGACGGUUGGAGGAGGAAGGAGAUAUUGCGGAGAACAUAUGGUCGUUGCGGGAGAGGCUGAAGUAAGGAACCUUUUUUAUUUUUGAGACAUUGUUUUGGUUCUACGUACAGCUUCAGUACAAGCUCGUGUCAGUGUGUUUAAUAUUAAAAAUUACUGUAAAUUUAACGUUCUUUAAUUAAGUUAAUUUCUUUUAUGUUUAAUACAGGUGGAUGGUCGUAAAAGGAUUACGUGUCCUCUGGACAAGAAACAGUAAGAAUUAAAGGCUAGCUUGAUGUAUUAAUUCUCGAAACAACUCGACAGAGAUACUAACCUCAGUCCUCUGAUUAAAUCAGGUUCCUUUUUUUUUCUAUUUUGCACCCCUAUCUUUGGCUUAUUAAAAAGUGAUAUCCGCAUCCAGUGAUGGAUUUUCUGCUUAUCUGGGGGCAAAUGGGUCGGUAAACUUACCUGGGUUAUGAGGGUGGGAAGGGGGAUUUAACAUUUUUGGCCCAAUCUAGCUGAUCCGUAGCUGAGCUUGGAAGAACUCAAAGAAAUCGUGCUUGUGCUGGGGUAGAUAUUACUGUGUGCAUUGCAGACCACUGCAUUCCAACUGAACUGCUGUAUUGCAAAUAGCAUAUGAUACAGUGGAACCUCAAUAUGACAAACCUCUAUAUAACGAAGUCCUCAUUAAAAUGAACAAUUUUCUCUACCCCACUAGAAGUAAAGUAUAUGGAAAAGAACCUUGAUAUAAUGUAGCCUUGAUAUAGUGAACACAUUUUGCCAGUCCCUUGGCCCUUCAUUAUAUUGAGGUUCAACUGUAGUUCCUCGGUGUCAUUCAACUAGUAACAGGUACUUAAUUGUGUGCAAUGCUAAGAUUUUGGUGUGCACAAAGAGUGUUUACCAAAAAACUACCAACAAACAUACAGUGCAGGGUUGUCACUAAGAUUUCAAGUUGCCUGGUAAAUACAACAAGUAGGCGGGGAGUCAAACAGCUAGGGAUAUCAGAUAUCUGUUGGUUCUAGUUUUCUUCUAUUUUCCAAUAAAAGUAGCCGGGGGCCACACUGAUAGACGCUGGGGGAAAUCCCUGGCCGCCCGGCUCUUAAUGACAGCCCUGCAGUGUAUAGAAACAAUUAUGUAUGCCCUUCUCAUGCAGGCUGGUUUAUAAUUUUAACCACACCACUUCCUUGCCCUUCUAUGCAGCCGCUAUUUGUCAGAACCUCUUAUAAUUUUUGACAUCUGGCAAAGAAGUUCCUUCUCAUUAUUUUUUUCUUAUAAUAUUAAUUGCAUUUAGUUAUAGUUUGCUGAAUGUGCAUUUUUCAUGAUAUCAUAGCACUGUUUAUGAAGAUCAGCUGGAGAGGCAUCUUAAGAAAUGCAAUCAAACAAAAAAGAUUCAUGUGGUAAGUUUGUGAAGAUUUACAAAUUACAUGUGUAUAUACACCAUGUAGAUAAUAGACUAACAACAUAACAGCAUCUUCUUUUAAAGAUGCAACCUACCAGUAAUAAGGCUCAAUAUUAUUUUCUGCAGUUUGUGCCAAUUAAUGGAAAAUUUCAGGCUGUAAUUUCAACAAACUUAUUGUAGUGGUAAAUUUUGUGAGAAGCCUUUGCAAGACAAUACGUGCAGCCAUGUUAAUGGGCCACUGCAUUUCGGUGGUAACACAAUUUUGUAAGUACAUUUACAUAUACGUAUAUGUAAAGAAGGAAACAAAACUUUUCUGUGUAACACUCUUGAAUUGUGCAUGUAGUAGGCCACAACCACUGCCAUUGCUGGUGCUUUCUUGUGAAGUUUUAUACUCAUCUCUCUGGUAACUGAAGGAACUAGUUCCCCUUGUAUGUUCUAAUACAAUACUGUACUUUGUUUACAGUCAAUGCUGUGAAAUAUGUCAACAUCAAAACCCCAUGUGAAAGGAUAUUCCAUCCCUCUUAUAAUGCUUAUUUUUGUGGUAGUUUCUCAUGAUAAGCCCUGUAUAUUUGUGCUUUUUUCCCGUUACUUGUACUUUUUGUACAGCUUUAAUAUCUUCUGGAAGUUUGUAAUGGACAACAUACUACUUGCUCAUUUUCUUGUGUACAGUUGCAAUUAAGUAGGACAUGUCUUUUCACUUCUUGUAGGUUUAUUACAGUGCAAACAUCAACUCUGGCAUUCCAAAUUAUGAAUUUUCCCUAGCAGAAAAGGUACAUUAGAUUUUGUGUUUCAGGUGUUUGUUUAUUAUGUUUGGGUUAUACACAACAACGGGACAGAUUAUCAUAGCUUGUGCUAUUUUGUAUCCAAAGGAGGGAAGUGCCGACACUGUUGAAAUAUCUUUGACAUUCUUAGCCAAGAACGGAAAAUUGUAUAACCAGCCUAAACAGUAAACAAUCAAACAAGCAAACAAAAACAUAAGGAUUGAAAUGGAUUAGACAAAAAUGGUUCGUUUGCUAAAAAUAAUGAUACUUUUCUGGAUUCAACAAAGAUUUAACCUCUAUUUCUGUAAUUAUGGCACUUAUUUGCCUGCAUUCACCUUCUGUCAGCUGAGCUAUAUUUUUUUUUAUCUUCAGGUUUCAUUAAAUUCUGUUUCCCAAGAAAAAGUAACAAAAUUGAUAGAGAAAGUUAAGGCAUGCUGCAAAGGUGAAUAUUGUUUUUACAUGUAUUUGAAUAUAGACUGUUUGAAUGCUCAAAAGGGGUUUCCUCAUUCUGGCAUGAAAAAAAAAAAGGUUCAGAGACUGGAAGAUGAAGAAUAAAAACGUAUUUUUUAUUAUAAGUCAGGUCUUUUUGCACAGCAUCUAACUUGGAAAAAAAUUAAAAUAUUAUGUUAGGAAUGUGAUAUGUAGUAGAAUAUAUAUUUAAAAAUAAUGGUUUAUGAUCUCAGAGUUGCUAUUUUUCUUUUUCAAAGAUAAAUUUAAUUAUUUUUGUUUGUUUGUUUUAAUAUUAUUAAUUCUUUAAAUACUUCCUUUUUUGAUAGUAUUGAAUCUAGAAAAGUUCCUCAUGUUGUAUAAAACUGUUUAUUUGCCCUCAUGUAUAUAAUUAGUCAUAAAUUAACAGUCUGAUUUUUGUCUCAAUUUGGCAGCUCAUAUUCCAAAAAUUCCAGAAGAAAUACUUUCCCACCAGGUGUUUCGAGAAGAACUUUUAGAAAUGGCUAAUAAUGCUACCAUUUUGAAACAUUUAAAACAACAAGUAAGUUUUUGAGUCUUCAAUCUUAAUGCAUUACAUACUCUGUCAUUGCCAUUGCCAUAUUGUCUUUUUCAUUCAUGUCAUUUUCUUAAUUGUCUGUAAUUAAAAAUGCCUUGUUGCGGGUAACAAGAGGAGCCUGCAAUCCUAAUCUCCAGGUUAUUACGCAUGCGUUGCUUGUACAGUGUAUGUAGCCAGCAUUUGUUUGGACUUCCACUAAGAAUNCAUUACAUACUCUGUCAUUGCCAUUGCCAUAUUGUCUUUUUCAUUCAUGUCAUUUUCUUAAUUGUCUGUAAUUAAAAAUGCCUUGUUGCGGGUAACAAGAGGAGCCUGCAAUCCUAAUCUCCAGGUUAUUACGCAUGCGUUGCUUGUACAGUGUAUGUAGCCAGCAUUUGUUUGGACUUCCACUAAGAAUGUAUGGAAUGCACAAAACACAAUUUGAUCAUGCGUUUCGGCCUUCUACCCCUCGUAGUGUGAUCCGUGCGUGUUUUGACCAUCUGUUAAGUGAAACUUAGGAGCAAAGCACAGUGUUGGAGCAAAAGAGUUUGGACCUCCGAUCAUUACUGCUCGCUCUCCCUAAACUUUGGUUAUUACUAGUAAUAAUAUAAAGACAUUUUUGGAAUUGUUGAUGGAUUGUGUGUUAUUAUCAAUUUUUUUUUAUGAGAGACUUGAGAGAGAAAAGACAGAAAUCUAUUUUUGGCAGUUUAUUUUUUGCAUAAAACCCCACCCCACUUCCCAAUUGGAGCAAGCUAUUAAUGAGUCUUCCUUCCAUAGUUAGGUCCAGCUUUUGAUAUUAUUGAGUCACAUUUUUAAAAUUUAUUAUUUUGCACACAUCUUGACUGUAUUUCCUUGAUACACAGGCCUCUCUUAUUGGUCAUUUGGAACAACAACAUCUUCUUGAGCCAAAAACAACAUUUUUAGAAUUUGGAGCUGGAAGAGGUCGGUUAGUUUCCCAAAAAAUAGCAUUACCGUAAAGAAUGUUGUUUGACAAUUACAAUAUGUAAGCUUUGUGGACAGUCCUUUCCUGUCAGUGGUACUGUUUAUUAGUAAAAUCCAACUAGUGGUCUAUUAGCAAUGCUGCGUUCUGAUUGGUUGAGCUACUACGAGGCUAUAUGUUAUAACCCACUAGUAGCAAAAACCGCUGGCUUUUUGGCAACAAAAAGGAUCAAAGUCUAGCUUUAACUUGCUAAAUUUUUUUUAUUCUCAAUAUUUUUGACCAACUAGUUGGAUUUUACUAAAACAAUAAAUUCCUCUUGUCCUCAUGGCCUCUGAGUCAAUAGCCCAUCAGGCCUUUGGCCUCAUGGGCUAUUGACUCAAAGCCCAUUCGGGCUCAAGGAAUAAUUGUUAAUUAUAUUGUACAAUCAAAAACCAACACUUUCAAAUUCCAAUUCGAUAUAGAACGUAUGGACAUGUUUCAGCGAGUUCUUAUGAACUCCUUAGUGCUCUGUGGGUAAACAAAUUACAAUUUACAAAUUUUACAAUUUUACAAUUUACAAUUUAAAUUUACAAGGUGGUUCUAACUUUUGACUCUGUGGAUGAAGUCUUGAACUGUGACCAUUCAAAUGUACUGAAUAGAGCUACUGAAUAGCCUUUCCUGCAGUGCUGUUUAUUAUGCUGUAUAAGCUGGUUCUAACUUCAAGUCUGUGAAUGAAAGCAUGAAAUGUGUUACUGAGCAGUGCUUUCCUGUGGCGCUGUUAAAAGUAUGCUGUAUUUAUGGAAGGGAGAAGAAUAGUGUAGAAUGAUAUUCUUUUUUUAGUAGCUCAUCAUUUAACUUCUCCAUUAAUCUAGCCUAAUAAUUCAUCAUCCAAUAUUUUAUAUUUAAUAAAAACACCUUUUGUAGUGUAGAGUCUGAACAUUGUUUGUUUGUAGGAAAACUGUCUCACUGGCUACAGUUGGCAGUAGGAAAUAAUGCUACGGAUGUAAAUUAUCUUCUUAUUGACAGAGCAAAUAUUAGAUAUAAGGUAAGUGAAUACCAGUUUUUUAUUUGUGGAAAUUAUUUGGAGGGAUACUCUAUAACCAUUAUUUUUACCACUUUUCUUUAUACAAUCUCUCCACAAAAAUAAUGUUGUAUUUAUAUAUGUUGUUAUUCAAUACUGACAAAGCAGCAAAAUGUCUUAAUAAAUCUACAUGUAACCCUUUGGUUAACCAAUCACAACUUGUAUUAAAGUAACCUACAUGUACACUGAACUGUAAGUGAUCCUAGAAAAUGUAAUGCCAAAAUAAUGAUGUUGCCCAGUGUCCUGAAAGUUUUUGAAGGGGAGCAUUAUGUGGAAUCUGUUGUACUUUUAACAUGAUAAUUAUUUUCUUUUCUUGUCGUUAGUAUGAUCGUUAUCACAGAGGCGAGGAUCAAGGCCCGUCCUUCCAGCGAUUGAACUUGGAUAUUGAACACCUUGACCUUAGUAAGAACACAAGCAAAUAUUCAGCAAUUUAUAUCAUUAAUUCUUUGCCUAACCAACAUUUUGUGCAAAUUUUUGAAUAACAACAGGGAGGGUUAGGAGGUGUUGCUACAGCAGAUGUUGCGCAAAAGGGAACCUCACCCCAUGUAAGGGAAUCCGGAUUCCGGAAUCCAGGAAAUGUUUGCUUGUGGAAUCUAGAAUCCUGGACUUUGGAAUCCGAGAUACAACUCAAGGAAUUCGUAAUCCCACUACCGAUUAAAAUCUAGAAUCCAAGUUCCACUGACAAGGGCUGGGAUACAGUGCAUGGAAUCUGGGAUGGCGUGGAAUCCAGAAUCCAAAACUGGCUUGGAUUCCCUUACAUGAGGCGUCAGUACAAGGCUAUAACAUGAUAUUGACUUGAAAUAAUUUAUUAUGUACAACUGGCUGCUCUGUUAAACAAAAUGUUUUGUAUUACAAUGCCUUGGUGAGCUACCUUGGUGAAUUUCAAGAAGUUUUUGAUUUUCAUGCCAAUGAUGUAUAAGCAAAACAGAAGAACAAGCUUACUUAGUAAAAUUUGCUAUUUUAAUAAUAAAUCAUUGUGAUUUUGUGUUGCAGGUAAAGUACCUUGCCUUAAAAAUAGAGAACAAAAUAUUGUUGCAAUCAGUAAGCAUUUAUGUGGAGCUGCUACAGGUAAGAUGUCCACACAAAGAUCUCUUUAAGGGUGGCCUGCCACAAAACGGUUCUUUUAGUCGUUAUGCAACACUCCUUUUCGUAACGUGUUGCGUGUCAAACUGAAGCCCGAAGAUCCCCCGUGAAAGAGAAUACCUGUAGAGCUUUUCCUGUGCGAUGUACAGAAAUUAUUACAUGGGUUCAGAUAGUUGGUGUGGAGCAGUUGCAUGAAACAGUGUGUUACUAUGAAAUCAUUAAUCGAACGAACUGAAUUGGAGCUGUUUGAUUCGUUCAGUGAUAGCGAGCACUCAGAGCAAUGCCAAAGGACUGGCAACUAAAAGUUGCUGUCCUCUUUGGUUUGACAUCAGAAAUUUUUCUUUAUUUAACAUGUUACAGGAAACUCUUCCUAAAAUUACUCUUUCUUUUAAUGCUUUAAUGGUGUACUCCUGAAUCAGUUCACUACUAUCCCCCUGCUAUCUCAAUCUGCGAGUGUCAUAGCAGUACCAUUGGGAUCCCCUUCUUCUACUCUUUAGGAAGAAUGGUGUGAUUAUUUCACGUCUCACGGGGGCCAGAGUGGGUCUGGGUGUUUCGUCCUCAUCCGAAAACUAUGUCAAUGUCUAACCUCUUUAGAGGUGAAAUGAAAGGCAGCACAUUCUGUUCAGUUAUUUUAAGACCUUGAGUAUGGGUCUGGCCAGCAAUUGCCCCAGGCUUCAUACCGCCUCUGAAGUUUGGUACUCAGUUAAUAAGCUCAAUUAUGGAGCUAACAGCCGGUGGUGGAAAAGAUGAUCAACUGAGCUAACCAGUCGUCUGAAUAAUAACAACGAGACAAAUUCUUGCUUGUCGUAGAUUUAACUCUGAGAUGCUUGAUGGAGACAUUGAUAAAUUCUCAGAACACAGAAGUCAGCAGCCCAAGUGCAGAAGAUAGUUUUGUUGAUCGGUGAGUACCCUGCUGACUGUCUUUGUCUACGUACUCCAGAUUUAACUGGAAUUGGAAAUGUUGAUUUUAAGGGAGAGUAAAUAGUUAACCUAAUCCUCUGGAAAAAACCAUCGAAGCAAGGGUGAGAACCAACAAAAUAAGUCAUGUACACUGCAUGGCGUCGACAACUAAACUCAUGGUUCACUGCACAAGCACAUGCUCUGCACAGAGUUCAGUAUAUUUGAACUGCCUACAUCUACAUCUACAUCUACAUUUAUUAACUGACAACGCUUUCGCAUCAAGGCAAUAUAAAUUAAAUAAAUUACAAUAUCAGAAAUACAAUAAUAGAAUGAAGAUGAAAUAAAAAUAGAAAUAAAAAAUAAAAUUAUUUCUUAACAAAUUAAAAAAUAUAUAUACAAAUAAAUAAGAUAAAUAAUAAUAAAAAAGAUCCAUAAAUGACAGCGAUCAAUCAUUUCUAACAGCUGAGAAACAAUGAUCUUUAAAUAAUGAAAAAUAACGUAACGUUCCCGAAAAUACACCAAAUAACGGCCCUUGUUACUUUUUACCCUCGGAAUUAGCAACCUGUUAGGGUCGCUAUUUUCAUUGGGAUGCCUUUUUUAGUGUUUCGUUAUUUAUUGUCCGGAGUCAAAAGCUGUUUACUUUUUAGACAACAGCUUUAAAAGUAAGCUGGUACAAAUGUAGCAUUAUUGGAAAAAAUUUUACCCCCAUGAAUUUUCGAAGAAUGAUACUGAAGAGACUCUGGAUAUGCCGCAAGUUGCUUGUUUACUGAGAAGUACAAUUCAUUGAAAAAUGAACUUUCAGGUAAAACAGAUGUCUGUUUUGCACUUUAAGAUAGUACCGCAUCCUUCACACACGAGUACUUUUACGUCUAACCUUUUAAAAUACAGGGGAAGCAAGAGAUUAAAGAUAGCUCCCAGUGAAGAUUCGGUGAAAGGAAUAAUAUUGGCCCUUUGUUGUCACCAUUGUUGCUCGUGGCCUCAGUACGUUGGUCGGCCAUUUCUUCAGAAUCUGGGUUUUACAGCAGAGGAUUUCCAUUUGUUGUGCUGUUUAAGUAGCUGGGCAACCUGUGGAAUAAGGGCAAAGAAACGUCAGAAAGGAAAUACUGGGGAAACUGUUGACGAUCACACAGGUAACAGU